UAUGGAGCACUAGAUCAUGGGAAUAAUGCCAAAGUGAACCGGUUCGUGGCGCGAGUGUCUUUUGUUUUUAUCGUCGUGACAAUUAUUAAAUGCAUGUUUAGCUAACGACUUUAUAUUAAAUUGGUUUUCAAUAAUGAGCGACGCAUCUGCAAAUAAGGAAGUUUCCGAAGCAGGGAAUUCGAAGCGGCAGGACUACCUGCAUUGGGAUGAUUACUUCAUGGCCACGUCCCUGCUCUCAGCCCAGCGCAGCAAAGACCCUGUCACCCAGGUGGGCGCCUGCAUCGUGGACCAGCAGAAGCGCAUUGUUGCCAUCGGUUACAAUGGAUUACCGCGCAACUGCAGCGAUGACGAGUUCCCCUGGUCGAAGUUAAGCAAGAACAGUUCUCCCGAUUCCCUGGAGGAAAAGAAGUUGUAUGUGGUCCACGCCGAGGCCAACGCCAUACUCAACUCCAAUGGCGGCAGUUUGGUUGGUACAUGCCUGUACACCACGCUCUUCCCGUGCAACGAGUGCGCCAAGCUCAUUAUACAGUCUGGCAUCCAGAAAGUUUUCUACAUGUCGGACAAGUAUGCCCAUAAGAAAAUAUACCGCGCAUCCAGGCGCAUGCUCGACUCCGUUGGCGUGGUCUGUACCCGGCACGUGCCCGCCCAGAAGCAGAUACUCAUUGACUUUGACGCCUUCCUCCAGGACGAUAGAUGAAGCACUCAUUCAACAGACGAAACUAAAUCUAAAUUGAUGUGAAUUUUAUGUACAUUUUUGAUUCAUAAUUUAUUAUAAGUAAUUGUGAUUCUUUUAAUUAACUGUAGUAAAAUGUGUCAUUGUUUUGAAAAA